CAUCGGUCCUCUUUGGAUCUCAACGUCGGCUGCAACAUCAUGAGACUCAACCCAUUAGUUUCUGGUACCGCAGGGCUGGCGAUGGUGUCGCUGGCGACCGCGCAGGAGAAGUGCGGCAGCGAGGAACCGGCCCCCGAAGCUUACAAAGCCGCUGUGGCUUUGCGCGCCGCGCAACGCGCCGAAGGCAUCUCGGCUGGGUUUCUCAGCAAGCGCGAGGAGGGACUGCUCAUCACGACGUACCUGCACGUCGUCGAGGAUGAGGCGCAUCGGGGAUUUGUAACGAACACGAUGAUCAAUGACCAGAUGAGAGUCCUCAACGAGACCUUCGCCCCGCACAACAUCCAAUUCGUAGUCAAGAACCUCACCCACACCGUCAACGACGCCUGGACGCGCCAGGCCCGCAUCAAAGAGAAGGCCGAGGCCCUCCGCCAGGGCGCCUACGACGAGCUCAACAUCUACUUCGAGACGGGCCUCAUGACGAACCCCAACUCCGCCACCGGCGUCGGCAGCUUCCCCGUCGAGGACCCCUGGAAUACGGGCAUCAACGGCACCUCGUGGUAUACCUACGACGGCUGCCACGUCAGCGUCGGCACCAUGCCCGGCGGGCCCGGCGUCCCCUGGGACCCGGAGGACAACCAGGGCAAGACGGCGACGCACGAGGUCGGGCACUGGUUUGGGUUAUUCCACGUCUUUGACGGAUUCGACUGCUACGGCGAGGGGGAUCUAAUCGACGAUACGCCCGCGACCAUUGUCGCUACGGUCGGGUGCCCGGAGACUCAGGAUUCGUGUCCUGAUCACCCUGGGCUGGAUCCGAUCCACAACUAUAUGGACUACACGAAACACGCAUGUAUUUCCGAGUUUACGCCUCUUCAGGAGGAGCGAAUGUACCGUUCUUUCAACACGUUAAGACGGGGGAGAUGAAAACGCUUCCCACCUUCCAAGCUCUCUAAAUGUAGAUUAGUCUCCCUCACUAUCCCGCACCACCCAGUUGUGCUGCCUAGAGCCCUUCACUCGUCUUGACAACCCUAUCGCGAGAGGUCAAUCCCUGGUAGGAGCGGAAUGGGACCGACCUCAUCGACAAAAAGGAGAACAGAAAUGGCGCGUCGUUAUUCCAGGGGUACAGAGACGGGAACAGGGGUCAUCACUAGACCAUAAGCUCUCCCCCAACGAGACCAACAUUGCCCAGUAUCCUAGGGCAUAAGAACCUGCAAUCCUUCCAAUUUCAUCUUUCCGGGCAUAUUGACGCCCUUAGUAGCUGCCAGUGGGAUUCCGCAAGAAAAAUUCGCAUCGAUUAUGCCAACCCGGAGCCAUGAGCAGCUAUAAUCCCGGUUUCUCCAUCCAAGCAGAAGUUGACCAUUCAGGCGGCCUUCGCGCUUAUUUACAUGCUGAGCCUUGCCAUGUACAUGCUGAGGCAGAUGCUGCCCGGAAAAGAGAUGGAACUUUGCGGACUGCUGUGUCAGGCGGCCGCCGAAGCCAAGGGCUUGGGGUUAAUAAUCAUUUUGUCGACGGUGUACUGGGGUCUUUGCAUGCCUAUGUUUGUUUUUCCAGUGAGGAAGUUGACAGAGGUUAUGUUAGUAAAUCCAUGAGGCAUUCCAGUGGAGAUUGUGUCAAGCCGUUC